AUUCAACAUUAUAUAUUCAUCAAUGCCCGAACUCAUUCUACCACCACGUGAUUGGCUGCAAAUGGGACAUGACCCACUGUCCGAUCCCACGGAACACGUGGGCACGUGCACGUGGUGUGAAGAUAUGCAAGCAUUAAAGCUACUAUUGGCAUGUUCUAUAGUCUUCAAACUGUUGACUGGUGCAUCAUGUCUUUUCGGCACAGAAUGGUUGGCAUAUAGUGUUAAAAAAAUGAGUGAUUCUGUAAAGGAAAACUAUUGUUAUUAUAUGAGGUGCUGUGAUCGAGAAUGGAACAGAAAUCACUUCUUGGAUCUUCACAGUGCUCUAGUCACAAAGGUUUAUGGUCAGAAUAUUAUGACUGAAAUUGUUGUCCCAGCAUUGCAAGGACAUCUUAUGCCUAAUACUCCAAGAGGAAAAGCUUUAGCUAUAAGUUUUCAUGGAAGGCCUGGGAUAGGGAAGAAUUAUGUUACUACAUUUAUUCAAGAUAUUUUAUUUUCUAAGGAAUCCCGCGACCACAACGUUCAUUUUUUCACUGGUAGGAUUCAUUUCCCAUUGGCACAACAUGUACCUUCUUAUAGGAUUCAUUUAUCCCAGUGGAUUAAAGGAAAUGUCUCAAAAUGUGAAUAUUCCUUAUUCAUAUUUGAUGAAGUAGACAAGAUGCCUCCUGGAGUGUUAGAUGCUGUAACUCCUUUUCUUGAUUAUCAUACCAAAAUAGAGGGAAUAGAUUAUAGAAAAGCAAUCUUCAUCUUUAUUUCUAAUACUGGCGGUGACUUGAUAGCAAAACAGUAUUUGAAGUAUUGGCGAAGUGGAAAAAAAAGAGAGCAGCUUCAUCUGGCACAUUUUGAAGAUUUAAUCAGAAUUGGAGCUUUCAAUGAAAUAGGUGGUUUCUACAAAAGUGAGACAAUUGAAAGCAGCCUAAUAGACCAUUACGUACCAUUCUUACCUUUAGAAGAAAAACAUGUUCGACAGUGCAUUGCUGAUGAAUUUAGGAAAAGAUCUGCAUCUCCGAAUGUCAAUAUAAUAAAUGCUAUUAUUGAAGAUUUGUCUUUUGGUCCAGAAGAAAAUCCAAUUUUCUCAAAUGGUGGUUGUAAACGUAUAGCAAACAAAGUUGCUGCUGCAAUAGAACGGAGACAUUUCAACAACUUUCACAGGUCACACACUGAAUUUUGAGUGUGAGCUUCACUUAAAUCACUGACAAUGUUAUUUAUUUUGGAACACUUGUGUAAUUUAUAAUUUUAUUGUCAUUCUUUCAAAAAGAAUUCCAUUGCUUGUCUUCAUACAAAACAGUAUUGUCUGUUUCUUUUGAGUAUCAUGUAGUGAGGAAUAAUAUACGAUAUUAAUGACAGUCUUCAUGAUUUAUUUUAUAUUUUUGAAAUAUUUUUUAAAUGGUAUGAACAUUAAUGCACUUA